UACAUUUAAGUAUACCGAAGCUGAUGAGUGAAACAUAACUGAGCAGCCACCUGGUAGUAAUUCUAAACCACCGCAGAUGGAGGCGCCACCCUACAAUCUUUGCAACCCCAUGAAAAAGUCCACCGUAAUCAACCGUUCUUACGCCGUCCUCCAAUCCAUAGCUAUAACUUCCAUGAUUUUCUACAGAGUCUCUUCUUUCUUACACUCAACACCCUCGUUCCCUCUCCUUCUAGUCUUCGCCUCCGAGCUAAUCCUUUCGUUCCUUUGGCUGCUCGGCCAAGCUUAUUUAUGGCGACCCUUUACUCGGAAAACGUUCCCGGAAAGAUUGUUGCGAGAAAAAAAGAUCGACCAACUGCCGGGAAUCGAUGUGUUUAUAUUGACGGCGGACCCGGAGAAGGAGCCGCCGUUGGAGGUGAUGAACACGGUGUUAUCAGCAAUGGCGAUGGAUUAUCCGACGGAGAAGCUGUCGGUUUAUGUGUCGGACGAUGGAGGUUGUGCUUUGACUUUGUAUGCCAUGAGAGAGGCUUGGGAUUUCGCCCGGUACUGGCUUCCGUUUUGUCGGAGGUUUGGGAUAAAAACCAUAUGCCCCAAACUCUUUUUUUCGAGGUACGAUGAUGAUUUUGUCGGACGAGGUUACGAAGAUGAAAAAGAGAAAAUCAAGCUAAAAUACAAAUUGCUGCAAGAGCACGUGAAGAAAGCAGAAAGCAAUGGUGAGAUUCUUAGGGGAAUCAAUAGUAAAAAUCAUCCUGCACAUGUUGAGGUGAUACAAGAUGGAUCCCUUAAUUCACCCGACACUAUUGAAGCCAAGAUGCCCCGUCUUGUCUAUGUUUCUCGUGAGAAAACGCCUUCGGUCCCUCACCAUUUCAAAGCGGGAGCACUUAAUGUUCUUCUUAGGGUCUCCAGCAUGAUAAGCAACGCCCCAUACGUACUAGUUUUAGACUGUGACAUGCGCUGCAAUGACCCAUCAUCCGCAAAACAAGCAAUGUGUUUCCAUCUGGACCCUGCAAUCUCUCCCAAUCUGGCUUUUGUUCAGUUCCCUCAAAUGUUUCAUAAUCUCAGCAACAUGGAUAUCUACGAUGGGAAAUUGAGAUCAGUGUUCUCGGUGAAGUGGCAUGGUAUGGAUGGAUUGCAGGGACCAAUGUUGUCCGGAACUGGCUUUUACAUGAAACGAAAGGCGUUAUAUGGAGAUAUAGUGCAAGAAGACACCGACUUCACCCUGUUAAAACAAUAUCUGGGUCCGUCAAAUGAGUUAGUGAAAUCACUAAACUCUGCCAACAAAAACAACAACAACACAGACAUUACCAGCAGAUUGCUCGAAGAAACCAGAUUCUUGGCCUCCUGCAAAUACGAGCACGAAUCUCAGUGGGGAAAGCAGGUGGGAUUCUUGUAUAACUCGGUGAUCGAAGAUUAUCUAACGGGCUUCACUUUGCACUCCAAAGGCUGGAAAUCUAUAUUCUACAAUCCCCCAAGACCGGCAUUCUUGGGAACAGCUACGACGAAAUUGAACGACACAUUGUUGCAAGGUGCGAGAUGGAACUGUGGGGCUCUCCAAGUCACGUUCUCGAGGCUGUGUCCUUUGGUUUAUAGGUUGACUUCGAGGAUGUCUUUGCUUCAACGAAUGUGUUAUGUUUACCCCAAGGUUUAGCUACUGUUCCUCAACUUUGCCUCCUGCAUGCCAUUCCACUGUACCCCAAGGCUUCAAGUUCAUGGUUUAUGGCGUUUUCAUACAUUUUUACAAUGUCACAAUUGAAACAUUUGGAGGAAGUUGUAUCGACGGGCGAUCCAAUUAGGACAUGGUGGGAUGAACAAAGGAUUUGGACCAUGAAAGCAAUU